AUGAAUCCUGCUCUCACCUUUGCUUCUAUCGCUCCCUUGGCCUCACCAGCUGACAUGAAUUGGGCCAAUGUCAUGGCAAUGGCAGAAGAGAGAUAUGAAAAUUGGGUCGCCACUGCUACUGACCCUGCAGCUGGUUCCGCAUUUGAGUCUGCAAUAGUUACAGGAACCGCGAACACCAACAGUGCUUCUCUAGUAAAACAUCCUCAGGUUACGGCCACUCCGUUAGCGACUCCUAUUAUUGCGCCAAAUACACCAAAUGCUGCCACAAGCAACCCGGCUCGGAAGCCCACCCCAAGCGUUACUUCUGCGAAAACCUCCUCAGCAGCGCCCUCCAAUAUGCAGAAUAUGCAGAGAAAGCUUUCUACAGUGGCGUUGAUCUUGGCUAUCGUACCAUUCAUCACGAGUACUUUGUAA